GACGACUGUCAAGAAUUGAUCACCGCUUACCGCGUUCGAGAUAGCAGGCAUCUGCAGCAAUGAGCAAUGUCUGGACAUCGGUAGCAUCGAGUCUGCCACGACAGCAGACGCGCAUCAGUCCUUUGCUGCAGCUGUUCAAUGGCUAUGCCAAAUCGCAAUCCACUCGGAGCUUUGCACAGUGGUCGUUCGCCUGUCAUGGAUACCGCCAGGCCUCUAGAUCGGACGUAACAAAUCGUCCGCACAAAGCCACCUUUUCCACGACUCCUUGCCUGGCAAAGAAAGGCCCUGCGAAAACUACACGAAAGGCAACGACCCAGUCGGCCACCUCAAAGAAGGUUGCACCUCCAUCGACGCAGACCAAGGCACAUAAGGCCAGGAGCGCUGCCCUUUCAGCGGCUGCGAAGCUAGAACCUGCGCCGACAGUAGCGUCGCAUACAGAAGGUGUCCCAUCUCGAUUGGAGGAAGACCAAUUAACAUGGCGCGACUACGAUCCAGAAGGAGGAAUGCCGCUUCCUGGCGGAGAGCGCAGUCAACCUGAGAUCAAUGCCAUAUUCGGGAACGAGGAUGUCGACGUUGAUACAGGCAACUACAUAUUGAAUGUAAUGCAUUGGAGAAGACAAUCGGGAGCUCUGAUAGAUGUGGGACUGAGAUUUUCUGGCGGGAUUGAGGUAACACAGCAGCAGGCUUUGCAAGCAUUGGAAUAUUUGCGGUCUCAACUACCAGAUGUGGACGAGGCAGGGAAUGGAGAAGAAUGGGUGAAAGAGGAAGAGGAAAGAUUACGGAAAGAAAUUGAAGCGCGAGCAGUCAAGCUGCGGCUGUACAAAGCCACCGAGGAAGAUGCCGCCGAACAGGAAUAUGAGGAUACUGAAGAGUCACAACAGGGAACAGAAGCUGGGCGACAGAAAACAGGCCAAAGUGUGCUACAAGCGACUCGCAAAGCAAAUGAGACAGAGUACGAAAUAUUCAAGCGGGAGCAAGAAGAGGCCAAGAAAAGGGCUGAGCUCAACGCUGUUGCCGCCCAACGUGGGCCUCUGGAACUUCUUGGUGGUGUACAGCCUGGUUUGAGCGGCGCGGGAGUCCCUUCCCAGUUGACUUACAAGGGACCCUUUGGCAUCUCGAUUCGCCCGCCAGCGGCGCAAGCUUUUCUUGGAAAGCCGCGAGCGAAGCCUGCAUAUAUCAAGUACUACGAGGAGAAAGCCACUAUCAUCAAGGAGAAUGUUGUGCCUCAGAUGAGCAACAUUGCACGACUUGUACCGUCCUUUCUGAUGUUGCUGCUGGUCCUGGCCGGAUGCUGGUACCUUCACGAGAACUAUACACCACCACCCACUUCCGCCCGGCUUUGGCCUGAGACUCCUCCGGCAGCGGCAACGCUAUGGGGCAUCACUGGCCUAUUAGCAAUGAGUUUCUUUCUCGGCCGCCUGCCACCGCUUUGGAAGACUUACAAUAAGUACAUGACUUGCUCCCCGGCAUAUCCCUAUGCCCUCAGUCUCAUCGGUGCAUGCUUCCGACACGACUCAAUUUACCACUUGGCAUCGAAUGUUAUCACACUCUGGCUGUUCGGGCUUUUCCUCCACGAAGAAGUUGGAAGAGGCACUUUCCUUGCAAUUUAUCUUGCCUCGGGUGUUACAGGUACAUACACAUCCUUGGUCUACAACGUCCUACGCAAGCAGUGGAUGGUGUACAUUUUAGGUGCGUCGAACUCCGUGCUGGGAGUCACAGCGGCAAUCUGUACACUCCGACCCACCGGCUCCAUCGAGAUCUUCGGAUACAAGAUCCCCGUCUACGCCUGGAUGUAUUUGGCGUUGAUCAGCGCAAGCGAGACUGUGGCAGCGCUCAGAGCGUUUAAGACGACGCUUGACCAUACGGGACAUGUGGGAGGCAUCAUAGCUGGUGGUGCCGCGGCAUUUGCCUUGCGGUACCAGGCUGCGCAGAACCGACCGGGAGGCGAGGAGCAUGUAAUGCAGAUGGUGCGAAGGGAUGCGAAAGAGGUCGCGGACGAACUGAAGAGAGAGGCUAAGGAGGCUGAUCUAGUAUAGAUGUGCCAGGGACUGUAUUAUAUAGUUGAUUUUGUAGAUACCCCAGGACGCAACGCCUCCUUGGCGCGGAAGGUCGAUCACGGCCAUGUGAUGACAACUCGCUCCUCCUUUUGAGC